UUACGCCACUACAUUUACCAUAAUGCUCUGCGCUGAUACGUUCACUGUACGUCUGUGCGUGUGCCACUGUGCUUGUUGGCGGUUGCUGAGCAACCAGAAGCAACGAAGAUGGUCUGGUUGGAGGGUCAGUCAAAACAAGUUGUCCUAGAAGCCACAGACAGUCUGCAGAUGAACCAGGAAACUGGAGCUGACCUGGAAGAUCAGGCAGUGCCCUUGGGGUCCGUCACGCUGGGCAGCGCUGUGCGAGCAGGACAGCCAGGGAUGGGGUGCCCUCUGGAGCACGCGUACUACGAUCACGAGCAGCUAUCGCGAGGCCCCGAAGUCAGCCCAGAGGCCAACAUCCCCACCAACCUCCUCAGCCUGGAUCACUCGUUCGGGUAUGACUGUCGGCGUCGGGCCAACCUGCAGCUGCUGGAGGAGUCCACACUGACCUUCAUCGCCGGGAACUUCCUUGUCUUCCUGGAUGUGUGCACCAGGAAGCAGCGCUACAUCAGCAGCUGCAGUGGAGAGGGCAUUGGCGCCAUCAUGGUAGACCCCAGUAGGUGCUUGCUGGCUGUGGCAGAGAAGGGCAACCAGCCCGACAUCGUUGUGUACGAGUUCCCCUCCCUGCAGCCGCUUCGCGUCCUGAGAGGGGGCACUGCCUGGGUUUACACCGCUUUGGCCUUUGACCACGAGGGCAUUCUGCUGGCGAGUGUGGGAGGUGCCCCCGACUACAUGCUGACGCUGUGGGUGUGGCGUGAGGAGCGGGUGCUGCUGCGUUGCAAGGCCGCUUCCCAGGAUGUCUAUCGUAUCUCCUUCUCCUCCGACAGCCCAGCUCAGCUUACCACCUCUGGGGCCGGACACAUCAAGUUCUGGAAGAUGGCCAGUACCUUCACAGGCCUGAAGUUGCAGGGGCUGCUGGGAAGGUUUGGGAGGACGACACCCACAGACAUCGAGGGCUACGUGGAGUUUCCGGACGGAAAGGUGCUGUCGGGCUCGGAGUGGGGCAACAUGUUGCUGUGGGAGGGCGCUCUGAUCAAGGUGGAGAUCUGCCGUAGGAGUGGCCGGCGCUGUCACAACGGCGCCAUCUGCCAGUUUGUCCUGGAUGAGGGUGAGAUUCUGACUGUCGGCACUGACGGUGCCAUCAGGGCCUGGCACUUUGAAAGCGUGGAUGGUGCAGACGCCACCGACGGCAGCAACCUCUUCGAGCUGGAGCCCAUGAAUGAGGUGCUGGUUGGCCGUGGUGUGUGCCUGGUCUCCAUGGUGAAGGGGACCGCCCCAGGAUCCUCCAUCUGGUUCGCCCAGGAUUCUGGUGGGGCUGUCUGGAAGCUGGACCUCUCUUUCUCCAACAUGACCCGGGACCCAGAAGCGAUUUUCACCUUCCACUCCGGACCCAUCGUCAGUAUGGACGUGUCCAGAACCAGCCACCUUAUGGCCACCAGCGCACUGGACCGCUCUGUCAGGGUUUUUGACUUGCUGGCUCAGAGGGAGUUGAUCUGCAGCCGGUUCAGACAGAAUGCAACUACAGUCACCUGGGAGCCCCGUGGGGGGCGGCUCAUGGCUGUGGGCUUUGAGGAUGGCCUCCUGCGCCUCCUGGAGUUCCUCUUGCCCCCAGUUGAGGGAGCCUAUGCCCCUGAUGGUGCUCAGCUGCAGCUCCGGCAGGCGGUAAAGCCCCACGGGGGACCUGUAAGCGCCAUCGCUUUCCAUUCCAGCGGGAGGCUGCUGGCCACGGGUAGCAAAGAUGGGACUGUGUUUUUCUUCAUGGAGGGCGACCCAUAUGAAGCUAUCGGGUUAAUCAGGGUCCCUGGGCCAGUGUGCUCCCUGCAGUGGGCUCCACCAUCACACGGCAGGAACGCCUUGCUUAUCCUGUGUGAGAAUGGCCAUGUGGUGGAGGUGGAGGCCCCGGAGCCGGGCAGCCAGGCCCCCAGACACCAGAGCUAUGAGCUUGAGGACCUGCCGCGGAUGCAUUUCCAUUUCCACUCCAUCAAAUCCCGCAUCAGGCGGGAUGAGGAGAUUACCAGGAGGACGGCUGACAGGCAGAAGAGUAGAGAGGAGGAGGAGCAGCGGCUGAUGGAGUCCCUGGAGGAGACGGAACUUUGGGGUGAAGAGGAGGAUCUGCCUCCUCUGUACAUCCCCGACGCCCCCAGCCCCCUGCUGUGCGGCUUCUAUUCUGAACCUGGAUCAUUCUGGCUGUCUAUGGGUGGCUUUGAUGCCGGCUUCCUGUACCACUGCCGCUUUUCCGGUCAGCCGGAGCAGGGGGCCGAGCAGCAGCAUGACGAGCCCUUUGCUGUAGUCCCGCUGGGACAUGGGGAGAAUGACACUGUGCAGUGCGUCAGCAUCAGCUGCGGCGGUCAGCUGCUCCUGUGUGGCAUGCAGACGGGUUGUCUCCGGGCAUACCCCCUACAGACAGAAGACCCGCACCUCUGCUCCCUCCGGGCCUCCUGGGUCCUUGGCGUCCAUGACAGCCAGAACGGGGCCAUGCGUGCCGUGCGCUUUAGCCAUGAUGACCGUUUUGUGCUCACUGCCGGCGACGACGGCAACAUCUUCUCCUUCAGCCUGCUGGCCCCGUGGGGGGGUCAUGGCGCCCCGCAUGGCCAGGUGUCAGCCUCACCCCCCCCACCUCUGCACAGACAGACAGUGGCCCAGGACAUAGAGGACCCCCAUGCCUACAGCCUUGAGAUGGCCAGGCAGCGCACUGAGCUGGAGCACCUUGCGCAGGAGGCCGAGCACAGGAAAGCAGAGCUGCGCAGAGAGCUGGUCGAGCUGCAGAAGCGCUUCCGGGAGCUGCAGUGGAGGAGCCGGGAGCUGCCCAGACACACGGAGCGGACACUGGACCAGCGCUUUCAGGAGGAGGUGAAGCAGAUGACGGCCCAGCGGGUCGCCGAAACCCAGAGGAAACUGGCUUGGGAAAGGGAGUGGUACCGGCUCAGCCUAAAGAAGCUUCAGGAUAGGUUUGGGGAUCCGCUGGAGUCGGACACCAUCACUGUGGUGGCUUUUCAAAGUCCCCAUCGGGUCUCCACCUAUCGCAUACUGACACCCUCACCGGAGCAGCAGAUCCAUGGUACCGGCACUGGGCCAGAGAAGCAGCUCCCUGGGACAGAAACAGAACCAGGGGGCAUGGCGGCACCGGUCCAGGCAGCCUUGGUUGCAGAGACUUUGCCCAAGCAUGGUGGCCUUCAGCCCCAGCAGACUGGGAGAGGCAGGCUGGCUGCCCGACAGGCCCAGAAGCUGCAGAAAGCUUCUGAAAAGGUCAACAGGGCAAAAGCCAAGAUCGAGCAGCGGAGGAAGGAGUGGGCCGACCUUCUGGCCAGCAAGCCCAGCGAGGCCGCAGAGGAUCCCCAGGAUGUGCAGGCCAUCCAGCACGCUCAGGAGAACAUGGGGGACUUCAAACUGAAGACCGCUGACGACUUCAGAGUCCCAGAACACCGGAGAAUGAGCACAGAGAGAAAGAGAGCACAGCUGGUGACACUGGAGGAGGAGAUUCACCGGAGAAAGACCCAGAUGAACAGUCAGGUUGUUGGGCUGCGUGACUCCAAGCUGCAGCUGCUGUCCCAGCUGCGCACUCAGAUGCAGCAGCUGCAGGCAGUGAAGGCGCAGCUGCCUCCCGCCCUCUGUAUUGCCCUUCCCACUAUCCUGGGCCCACUGCCUGAGGAGACCCGCAAGCAAAAGCUGCAGCCCAGCCCAGCCACAUUGCUGCACCUGCAGAGCCUGCGUGCAAGGAGAACUCCACUUGGUGGGGAGAGGGAGGAGCUUGGCCUACUAGAGCUGUUGGAGCAUGCUGGUGGGGAGCAGGCAGAGCACGACAACAUGCCCAUCAGUGACUGCCCCCCUUGUCAGUCCAUCCAGCUGGAAGGUCACGCCUUCACAGAGCUGGAGGAGGAGAUGAGGCGUGUGGAGGAGAUUAAGCUGCUUCACCUGCAGGACAGCCUGCUGGCCCAGAUGUUACAAGACAUGUCAGACUUUGACACCCAGCUGAAGCUCCUUCGUCAUGACAAGCUGAAGUUGGAUGUGAAGCUGAAGUUGUGGGACCUGCGGCACAUCACACUGUACCAAGAGCUGCUUCUGCUCAGGGACUUUGAGACAAGAGAAGACAGGCUGCAGGAGGCGCUGUGCCGGCGUCAGGAGGAGUGGUGGCUGCUCGCGUCCAAGUUGGAGGAGACCAGACAGCAGCUGCAGGUUAAGCAGCAGGACGUGACCCAUUUGCAGGAGCAGGAGAAGGUUCUCAAUGCCACCUUUCAGGCGCUCUUAGGGCCAAACAACAAGUGGGGCCCCUUCCUCACCAAGGUCUUCAGGAAGAAGAUGAAGCGGGUGAAGAAGAAGGAGAAGCCUGGGGAGAUAGAGGAGCAAUGGGACAGUGCUGAAGAGUCGGAGGGAGAGUCGGACUGGGAUGAGGAUGAAGACUCUGAGAGUGGCAGUGUAGAUGAUACCACGUGCCCCCCCAACUGUGACCUGGAUCUUUUUGAGGGCACAAUCCAGCUACGUGAAAGCCGCCUGGAGCUGGAGGAAUUGCUGGCAGAAGAGAGAAAGAACGCAGAGUUCCUCAGGAAGGAGUGUGACUCCCUGGCCAAGAAGGAGGGAGUUGUUCAGAGUAGCCUCAGGGCAGUAGAGGGCGACAUAGAGCUGCUUAACCGAGAGAAACAGCAGAAAGUGAACCAGUUAGACGUAGUGGUUCCUCUCAGACUGAAUCAGAUCGAGUUCCUCCAUAACGGAUUGAUUCCUACCAAACUCACUCAAGCACUGGUUCUGAACACGUCCGCUCUGGCAGGCCUUCAGGAGCGAAUUGUCCAGCUGCAGGUAGAGCAGAGGCAGCAGAAGGCACUUUACCGAAAGGCCCGGAAGCAACACGUGCAGCUGAAUCACGACUGCAAACAAAUGGAGGCCAGGAUCCAAGAGCUGCAGCUCCAGUGCGAGCAGCUGAUGCUGAAGAAGUUCGGCCGUCCAGUGGACCUGGAGGCACUGCUGACGCUCUGUGGGAGCAGGAUCCUGGAGGAGAUGUGGCAGGAGCGGAGCACCAACGGGGCAGCCAGCGCCCAGGAGAUGCAGCUGUGGCAGGAGGAGGUGGCAAGGUGCAAGCGGGCUGUGAUGGAGGUGACAAGGCAGCACACAGAGGCUCUAUGGGCUAUGAGCAACCUGCUGGCUCAGAAGAAGGAGCUGGAAAACAGGCUGGACACGAGGCAGGGCAAGAUGGGAGCUCAGUUCCAGACGUUGGAGCGGGUGGUGGACAGGGACAUAUCGGGGAUCCAGCAGCUGCUGCAGCGUCAAGCGUGUGAGAUACAAGUCCUGCAAGUUGAGAUCGGUGCUCUGCUACGCAAGGGAGGCCACCCCCCCUUGCCCCCCACCACCCCUCUCUGAUGGGCAAAAUGUGCACCUACACGCCUGUGUAACACAGCUAUCAAACUCGUACAUGUGACAUAUGUAGCUGAGAAAUAAACAUGCUUUUGUCUUA